UGAGCCGCGGGCGUGGGGAGGUGGGGGGGAACCAAUCAGCGCAGCCGAAUGAGCGGGCGGGGCUCGUGACGCGUCUGUUGCUAGGCGCCCCCCGCCGCCGCCAUGUCGGCCUUCCACCGGGAGGCGCGGCGCAGGCAGGCGGCGCUGGAGCGGCGGCGGACGGGGCCGGGGGCGGGGGGGACGCGGAGAGCGGCCCCGGGACCGCGCUCACCGCCCCCUCCCCGCCUCCAGGCCACGGCGAGCCUCGAGGGGGACCCCAAGCACGGCCCCGGGACCGCCGUGACCCAGAGCCCGCCGCCCGAGCCUCGGCCCUCCCGCUGCUGCCGCCCGUGUCACCAAGCCGCCAGCACCAGCGCCAGGCUGCCCAACCGCUUCACGGCUCUGCAGUACUUGCAGCAAUGGUAAGACACGACGAGCCUGCAGGCCAGAAGUUAACAGCCAGGAUCUCCAUCAGAAGCGGACAAGCUUCGUGAAUCCAGCACUGCAAGUGUACAACACGAAGGGGCAGUUUCACCAACUUCAGCAGUAAAAGCUAAUGCCUAAGUAAAACAUCACAUC